GGUAAUAUCUUAAGGAUAUUUAAAUCUCUCUGACACAGUUAAAUAUAGUAGUUGUGUUGCGACGUUCUUUGAACUCGCUUGUUUAUAGGUAUUAUCAGCUUGGGGAAAUAUGAAACUUAUUUUACUAGUGCUUAGCGUCCUUUUCGGUGUGAACAAUGGAUAUAGGAUACUUUGCCUGCUACCGUACCCCGGAAAGAGUCACCACAUGGUUUUCGAGCCCCUUCUACAAGAGUUACUGAAUCGCGGACAUCAUCUGACCAUAGUUUCUUUCUUUCCCCAACCGAGCCGGGAAAAUAGAAGAGACGUGAGUCUAGUUGGACUAGCACCUCUGGCAGUGGAGUCCAUAGAUUUGAGAAGCUUGGAGACAUCGUACACAAUAAAAUAUUUCAAUCAUAUUCCACUAGUGACUCACCUGGCUAAAUCCAACUUGAAAUUAUGCGAAACGGUCCUGAAUUCGCCGGUUUUUCAAGAGUUUAUUGCGGGGAAAGGAGAUUACGAUGUGAUUUUAGUGGAGCAUUUUAACAGUGACUGUAUGUUAGGAGUGAUACAUAAUUAUGGGGUUCCAUCCGUUGGAUUGAUGUCCUCCGCGCUUCUACCGUGGAGCCACUCGAGAGUUGGCGCUUCGGACAACCCCUCCUAUGUUCCUGGCAUGACAUUGCCGUUCACAGACCAGAUGAGCUUCUACGAGAGGACGGUGAAUACUUUCAUCCUCUUCUUUUACAUCUACUGGUACGAGAUAGAAAUAAGGUGGAAGGAGCAGAAGCUUCUAGAAGGGAAGUUCGGAAGGUUACCGCCUCUGGAAGAGAUAGCGAAGAACACAAGUGUGGUGCUAGUGAAUACGCAUUACUCGUGGAAUGGUGUACGGAUUCUUCCUCCUUCCGUCGUGGAGGUUGGAGGAUUACAUCUUCAUAACAGGACUAUCAAUCGAUUACCACCGGAACUGCAUCAAUUCGCCCAGGAAUCCUCAGAAUAUGGGUUCAUAGUGAUGAGCUUCGGGUCACUGGUGAAAGGAUCCACGCUACCCCAGAAACAGUUGCAAGCAAUUAUUAACGUGUUUGCUCGAUUGCCGCAAAGAAUAGUGAUGAAAUGGGAGACCGACAUACAGAACCUACCCAAAAACGUGAUGAUUGUGCGAUGGCUGCCACAAUUUGAUCUGCUGAAUCAUCCGAACUGCGUAGCAUUCAUCACCCAUGGUGGACUUCUAAGUCUGACAGAAGCCGUGUGUGCCGGAGUACCAGUGCUGGCGAUGCCGAUUCUUGGCGAUCAGUUCGGCAAUGCGGCGCACGCGCAUAAGGCAGGCAUCGGCGAAGUAAUGGAACUGCUUGAAGUGGAAGAAAAGGAAUUUGACAUAAAAUUGAAGACAGUGUUGUCGGCAGAGACCCGCCUUCAAGCGAAGCUAGUCAGUGAUAUGUGGAAAGAUCGCCCCAGCAGCCCUAUGGACACAGCCAUCUUCCAUAUUGAGAGAGUUGCAAAAUACAAAGGUCUGGAUAUGUCCAGCGAGGCCCGAAGACUUAACAGGAUACAACUAGCCCUGCUCGACGUAUACGCCUUCUAUCUAUUAGUAUUAAUGUGUUUUGUUACCUGGUUGUUGUUUAGGAAAUCUGGCUUAGUAUCAAAUAAGAAAAAAAUUAAAUAGUAGAGUUACCUUUACCUUGUUGAUUAUAUUUAAGGUUAAGUAUUAAAUAAAAUAAAAGUCUAAACAUUAA